AUUCCCGCUCUAUAUAAGUAUACGUAAUAUGUAUGUAUAAUGUAACGUAUUGUUAUAACAAUAUUAGAAUUCAUAAAAUAAAAAAUUGUUGUAUAUUACAUAUAUUGUAUUAUAUAUUAGUUCAUUUUAAUUUUACAAAUUGUUUAUGAAAAAAAUAAAAAUAAAAUAUAUUAUAUUAUAUAUAUAAUAAUAUGUAUAUAUUAUACAAUACUAAAACAAUUUAACUUUUAUUUUAAAAAUGAAAUAAUAUUUAGGAAUUAAUUAUAAUAAGCGUACUAAACUGAUUAUUUUAUGUCUAUAUAAAUAAAAUUUAAAUAGAAUAAUAAAAUUUAAUAAUUAUAAAUUAAUAAAAAAUAAAUGUAUAUAUUUUAUCUAUAUAUAUAUUAUUCAUCUAUUUAAAAAACUAUUUUUUAAGUGUUUCUUUUUUUAAAUUAAAAUUUAUUUAUAUUUUCUUUGAAUAAUAUUAAACAUAUUAAAGAAAAUCUUUUUUUCCGAUAUAUAAAUUAAAUUUCCGCGCCAUUUAAAACUAUGAUCAAAGGUACUUUCAUGUGAGUGAUGAAAAGCCGGUCAACCGCCAGAUUCUGAUAUUAUUUAUAAAAAAGAAAUUUUAUGAAAAAAUUGUUAAUUUAAAUUCUAACGAAACGGAUUAGAAGACAUAUUUCAUUCUUAAGGUUUGUAUUAUUUUUAGUUCUAAUGUUGACAUAGAUACAUACAUCUUUUUUAUACGCAGUAUCAUAUAAAGAAUUUUAGUUUUGGAUGUAUAAUUCAAGUGAUACGAAUAGUGUGCACAUUUAAUGUUAAACAGAACAAACAGUAAUAUUUAUUAGCCAAAAAAAAUGUUAUGAAAAUUUUUACUAUAUAUAUAUUACAUUAUGUUGAAAUAAGCAAGUGAUCAAAUAAUUUUUGUUAAUAAAGUAUAAGAUAGUUAUGUGAUAUCUUUUAAUGCAAUACGGUAAAAAUAAAAGAUAUUUGUUUAUAUUGACAUUUAUUAAAAUAAUAUAAAUAAAAAAUAAUGUAACUAGAACAAAUAUAUAGGAAUAGAAAGAAUCGUAACCAUAUGAUCUUCCGGUCGCAUUAUUUGAUAAGUCGAAGCUAAGGUGGCCCAGUUUUAGUUAACGGUUAGGAUUGAAUAAAAAUACUUUCGUGGUAUUUAAAAAAAACUUGGUAUUUCAGAUUACAAGUUCAUCUAUGUAGUCAAAUAAAAAUUAAUAUUCUAUAAAAAAGAUAUAUAUUAUAUAACGCGAUGAGCAUACAACAAAGUACUGAAUUAGUUAUUUUUGUGACCCAUGUUGAAGCAGAGAAUUCAUUUCUUAAAAUCUGGGGUCAAGUUGAUAAAAAUUCUGCAACAUGUGUAGAACGUAUGAUCUUACCCUUGGUUGAACAAUUUGCUAGAAGUCAAGGUUGUGUUGGAUCUCAAUCAGCCAAUUUACGCAUCAAUGCUCUAUGUUGUGCUAGAUUCCAAAAUGAAGGAUAUUAUCGAGCAAAAGUUAUUAAUAUACGUGCUGAUAGCAUGGUAGUUCUGCAAUUCAUAGACUAUGGUAAUAUUGAAGUGUUACCACCUCAAGAAAUACAUUUACUUGAAAGUAUACCUGGUUCUGAAUCUCUGCAAUCUUUUCCACCUGUGGCAUUUGAUUUUACAUUAAUGCAUGUAUUACCUAUAAAUGGUAUUUGGGAAAAUAAUAUAAUCGAGUCAAUUAAAAAGACCCUAUGGUAUAAUGAAUAUAAAAUCUUGAUUCAUACUGUAGUCAAUAAUCAUCGUUUUAUUAAACUUUGGUAUAAUAAUGAAGAUUUCAGUGAAUUAUUAAUCAAUAAACAUAUGGCAAUGAGAGCAACAUUGCAAGAAAUGUUUAGGCCAAAAUGUAUACAACAAUCUCAAGUACCAAUUUAUCAACCACCAAAUAAACGUCUUAUUAGUAAUAAUUGUACUACAAUGACAUCAUUACAAAAUAUGGAUACAUUACAUGAUGGAAAUGAAAUGCACGGAUUUCAAAGAAAUGUUCCUUUGUGUUGUGCAGUUCAACAGAAACAUAUGAUGCAAACUUCCAUUCAAGAAGCUCUUGUAUUUAAAUCUCGUGUUUUGGAUGUUCCAUCAAAACAUGAUGUAUAUGUUUCAUUUGUAGAAGAUGGUCCACAUAAGUUUUCUGUACAACUUCAAAGUACUUCUCAAAUAUUAAGUAUGCUCAUGAGAGAAAUUAAUAGUCAUCCUAUAGAACCAUUACAAGAACCUCCUUUGCCUGGAUCAGUAUGUUUAGGUCGUUAUACACAAGAUAAAGUUUUAUGUAGAGCUGUUGUAAUGUCUGUUAUGGAAAAUAAGUGUAAACUUUACUAUGUUGAUUUUGGUCAUACAGAAGUGUUACCAUAUACAGAUAUUUUCCAAUUACCACCUCAUUUUAUUAAUCCAAGAGUACUUUCAAUUCGAUUUACAUUAAGUGGUGUACACGAAUUAAAUGUUACUGAUAAAAUGAAAGAAUAUUUUAAACAAAUAGUAUCAGGAAAACUACUUGUAUUGCAUGUUCGACCACCAGAAGGACCACCUUUGGUACAAUAUGGUGAUUUAUAUGAUGAUGGAAAAAAUAUAAAAGAUAUUUUAAGACAAGCUUUUCCAACAUCAGUUAUAGUGACAUCCAUCAGUUCAUCUUUUGCAUAUCAAAAACCAAAAAAAUUAUCAAAAGGUGUUGUAGAAAUUGUACUUGUUUCAUUUGUGGAAUCUUUUAGAAAAUUUUUUGUACAAGUGGAGGAUUAUAUUACAUCUUUAGAAUUAACAAUGAAUAAUUUAGCAGAUUUUUGUAAGACUGCACCUACUUUGAGCCUAACACAAUUAAAAAUUGGUCUUCCUUGUGCUGCUUUAUAUGAUAAUCAAUGGUAUAGAGCACAAAUUCUAGGUAUAAAUGGAGAUAAUAUAAAGGUUUUAUAUGUUGAUUAUGGUAAUGAAGAAACUGUAAGUUUAACAUCUCUCCGUUUAAUUCGCGAUGAUUUAAUAAAAAAAUUGCCAGCUCAAGCUAUAAAAUGUGCUUUAAAUGGCUGGGAACUUUUACCAUGUACCCAGGAAAUUCAUAAUCAGUUUGAGUUAUUAAUUUUAGAAAAACGUUUACGUUUAAGAGUUCUAGAUGUGAAUUUAGAUGGUAUUAUAGUAGAUUUAUAUGGAGCAGAACAAAAUGAUAAUAUUAAAUCUCAAAUGUUAGAUAUAAUUAAAAAUCAAGAAAAAAUAAUAAAUGAACCAUUAAAUUAUCAAGAUGCAGAAAGUCAACAUUCUACUAAAAUGACUUCAAAAAUUGAUCAAAGUGAGGAUAAAUGGCAUAAAAGAAAUCAAUCAGAUUCGUGGCAUCAAGAAAAGAACAAGUUUAAAACUUGGAAAGAUGAAUCAAAUGAAGAAAAAAUACAAGAAAAUAAAAAUGAAAAAAGUAGUUUUCAUCGUAAUGAUGUACGAAAUGAAAGAUUCAAUAGAGAUGAUUUUUCUAAUAACAGGAAUACAAAAGAUAAAUGGAACAAUAGACAUGAACAUAAUGAUUCAUUUAAAAAUGGAAAGAGUACUAGAGGUGGUAGAAAUAGAACUUCAGGAUAUAUACCUAAAAAUUCUUCUGAUAAAAGUUGGAGUGAUAAAGAUUCUGAUACAUCAUCCAGAGGUAGUAGUAGACGUGGAAGAAGUAAUAAUACUCGUGGUUGUUAUUCUAGACGUGAAAAUAUUUCUGGAAAACUGCAGAAUAAUAAAUUUAAUGAUAGAAAUAAUGAUGGAAGUUUUAAAGGUGGAAAAACGAAUAGUGAUUCUUAUCAUGGAAAUAGAGACAGAUUUAAAGAAAAAAAAGGACAAGGAUAUAGGUUAACACAAAACAAGUUAAAUGAUAAUUUUGCAUCUGAUGAAGAAGGACGAAAAUAUAGUCCUAUGCGAAAUAAAAAUGAAUUUUAUAUUCCAUGUCCCAGAAUAAUUAUUGGAGCUACAAGAAUUUGUGAAGUAGUUUUUAUAAAUAAUCUUUCUGAUUUUUUUAUACAAUUACAUUCUGAUUAUGUUGCCUUGGAUUCUAUAAUGGAUAAUAUUGCAUCAAUAUAUGAAAUUGGGGGGGAGUUAAUGAAAGAAUCUGAUAUAUUAAAUGGAACAUAUUGUAUUGCUCAAUAUUCAGAAGAUCUGAAAUGGUAUAGAGCCGUGAUCAAAUCCACUAUAAAAAACAAUGCAAUUGUACAAUUCAUAGAUUAUGGUAAUACAGAAACAGUUAAAUUUGAUAAAAUUAAAUCUAUUCAAAAAGAGUUUUUGAAACUUCCAAUACAAGCUGUACAUUGUAAAUUAUUUGGUGUAAAGGAUAAUCUUGAUAAAGAUAAAAUAAAAAAUUUUGAAGAUGCAGUUAUAGGCAAAACAUUAAAAGCAGAAUUUAUAAAUGAAGAAAAUGGCAUAUACAAUAUCUUAUUGAAAGAAAAUAUUGAUAAUUGUUCAACAAAUACUUUUAUAAACCAAAAAUUUUGCGAAAAUAUAGAUUUGCCAAAAGCAAAAGAAGACAAAAUAUCCAAUAAAAUAUUUAUUUCUAGUAUAAGACAAUUUAAUGAACCUGAUUAUGUAUCUUUAGAUGCUGUAUGGAAUACAGUUUUAUAUACACCUGAAACUAAAAAAGAUGUGAUUAUUACAUGGUUUACGAAUCCCAAUAAUUUUUAUUGUCAAAUACUUGAUAAAGAAAAUCAAUUUAGAAUUAUGAUGAAUCAAAUUCAGAAAAUAUAUGUUGGAAGAGAACCAGUUUCGCAUACAUUACAGGUUGGAUCUCCUAUAAUAGCAAGAUUCUCUGAUGAUGGAGCUCUUUACCGUGCAGAAGUCAUUGAGCUAAACAAAUUAAAUGGUCAUCUGAUUCAAUAUAUAGAUUUUGGAAACAAUGCUGUAGUUAAUCCUCGAAAAAUUUAUCCAGUAGAAAAAAAUUUGAUGUAUCUUCCUAAACAAGCUGUUCAGUGUUCCUUAUUAAAUAUUGCUCCAUUAGAUGGUAUUAGUUGGUCUAAAGUUAAUACAAAAGCAAUUGAUAAUUGUUUUAAUGCUGACAAAUAUAAGUGUAUUUUCCAUGAUAUAAAAAAUAAUAAAUAUUCAAUAUCAUUAAUUAAUGAGGAAACUGAUGUAGGUAAUAUGUUAGUUGAACAAAAUCUUGCAUCUUUUAAUUCAAAAAUUAAAUCACAUAUUACUGAAGAUAAAAACUCUUUAAAAUCAACAAUUUCAUGUGAUAUAGAAAGAAUGGAUAUAAAUCUUUUAAAUGGUCAGACACUUAGAGUAAAUGUUUCAAGUGUUGAAAAUGCAUCAAAAUUCUACAUUCAAAUUCCUUCAGCUACUGAAUGUGAAAAAAUAAUUAACAAUUAUAUGGCUGACAAAAAUCCUGAGGUGUUAGCUUUACCAGGAGAGCUUUCAGUAAUGCAGAAUCAAGCAGUGGAAUGUUCCCUUGUAAAUACUAUAUCUAUUCCUGAAAGAGAUAUUACAUUGAAAGACCUUAUUGAAGGAAAAGAAGUAAUUAUAUAUGUGGAUGAAAUUGAUGAUAAUAGGCUUAUUGUAAAAUUAUUUGAUUUGAAUGGUAAUAAAAUAAAUAUUUCUGGAGAUAUAGAUGAAAAAAUAUCACCAAUAUGUCCAAUGCCCAUUUUAAGUUCUACUCAUAAAGUAUCUGUAUCAUAUGCAGAUCAUUCUGCUAGUAUUUGGUUACAACGUAAUGCAGAAUAUAAUUUAGAUAAAAAUUUAGUUGAAGCACUUGAUCAGUAUUAUUCUACUUCUGGAAAAUUAUUGGAACCAAAAGUUGAUCUUUUAUGCGCUGUUAAAAGUGUAGAUGGUCACUGGUACCGAGCUAAAAUUAUAAAAUGUACAGAAAAUGGAGUUUAUGUAAAUUUCAUUGAUUAUGGCAAUAAUGAAGAAGUUACUUCUUGUGUAGUAAUGGUUUUAGAUUCACAUUUUUAUAUACCACAUCAAUUAGCUAUCAAUGUAUCAUUACCGGUAACGCUUAAUGGUACAAUAACUGAACAAUUAAAUAUAUUACAAAAUUAUUUAUCAAAUAAAGAACUUACUGCCGUUUUUCAUAAUUUAAAUAAAAAAUGGACAGUGGAAUUGCUAUAUAAUGGAGAAAAAAUUAGUGAUAAAUUUCGUUCUCUUAAUUCAGAAUCACAACAGGGAAUAUCUGAAAUGAAAAAACCUCAAAUUCAUAAUAUAACAAUGGGUUGUAAAUAUAAUGUAUGUGUAUCUCAUGUUGAUUCACCUAGUCAAUUCUGGCUUCAACUUGUAGAUGAUGCGACAAAUCUUUCUAAUAAACAAAAGCAACUUCAAAUUCAAGCUCCUACAUUUUCAGAAAUAGAUGGAAUAUUAGAAGAAGGAAGUUUGUGUGUUGCUGUGUAUACUAUAGAUAAUUUAUGGUAUAGAGCACAGGUUCUCGAUGCCGACGAAGAUAUCACAACUGUUCGAUUUAUUGAUUAUGGAAAUACAGAUGUUAUUGAUAAUAAAUCAGGAAAUAUUCGGCAAAUACCAGAUUCGUGGAAAGAAAUAGAAGAAUAUGCAAUUAAAUGUAGAUUAGAUAUCAUUCCUAUAGAGUCAGAAGAUUGGAAUAUUACAACUUGUGAAAAAUUUGAGAAUUUAAUUUCUGUUGAGUCUUUACAAGCUAUAGUAGUAGCAAAUAGUGUUCCAAAACGAAUAGACUUAUUAAUAAAUGACAAAAGUGUUAGUGAAUCAUUAGUUGAAGAUCACCACGCUAUAAAAAUUCAUACUGAAGAAGAAUUGAUAGAUGAAAUAAUUGAUCUCGAAUUGGAUCCCCAUUCUGCUUUUGUAAGUCAUAUUAAUUCUCCAAAUGAGUUUUGGGUUCAGGAAGAAAAAUCUGUUGGUGAUUUAGAAAUUAUGACUGAUAGAUUUAUUGUAGCACACAUGUUUGCUAAAGUCGAUGAAAUUAAAGAAAAUUUAUUGUGUGUUGCUAAAUAUCCUGAAGAUGAAUGUUGGUAUAGAGCACGCGUUAUAUCACACAGUGAUAAUGCUACACGAGUUAUAUAUAUUGAUUAUGGAAACUCAGCUACCUCAACUGAAAUACGUGCUAUACCGGCAGAUCUUGCGGAAAUACCACCUCUAUCAAGAAAAUGUUGUUUAGUUAUGCCAGAAGAAAUUACAGAAUGGUCAGAAAAGGCUUGUGAAGAAUUUAUAGCAUUAGCAGCUGAUGGAGCAACUAUAUUUUUAUUAGAUGUAAUCAAAGAAGAUGAAACGUCAUUGGUGAAAUUAACAUUAGAUGAUAAGAAUGUAACAGAUAUACUUGCAAAUUUCUGCCAACGUUACCCAUCAAUUAUAGAAGAACGAUUACCUCCUUUAGGUGAAGAAAAUUCACCAAAUGUAUUUAUUAGUCGUAUUAAUACACCAGAUGAAUUUUGGAUUCAAACUGAAAGUAAUAUUACAGAUUUAAAUAUGAUGAUAGAUAGAUUAAAAGCAGCAUCUACUUUUCUUCCAUUAAAUACAUUUGAAAUUGGUACUAUUUGUGCUGCAAAUUAUUCAGAAGAUAAUCAGUGGUAUAGAGCAAAAAUUCUUUCACAUUCUGAAAAUGGCACUGAAGUUUUAUAUAUAGAUUAUGGUAAUACAGCAAUUACAAACGAAACACGAAUGUUACCAGUAGAUAUAAUAAAUAUUCCUCCUUUAGCAAAACGUUGCACUUUACAAAAACCAGAUAUCAUAAAUUUUUGGCCUUUGGAUGCUUAUAAAACAUUUGAAAAUCUUGCUGCAAGUGGAGAAACAAUGUUUCAAUUUGAAAUUCUUGAUAAUACUAGUGAUCCUGUUUGUAUUAAAUUAAUUUAUAAUGAAAAAAAUAUUGUUGAUAUUUUAGUACCAUUUUCUAAAAAUAUAUCUAAGGAUGGUUUAGAAAGUAAAGAAGAAUUAUACAAAGAUAAAAAUGCUAAUGAAAUGAAGAAUAAUAAUGAAGAAAAAAUUUUGAAAACAGAAGAAAUAAAUGAAAUAAGCAAAGAAAAUAUAGAUAUAAAUAAAUUUCAAGAAAAUAUUGAAAGUCAAAAUCAAGAAAUUGAAAAAAAUAAUUUAUGUUUGAGUACUUCUAUUAUAGAACUUAGUGUAGAUGAAAUAGUUCAAAAUAUGAAAAUGGAUGAACCAGAAGAAGAUGAAGAUAUGUUUAAUACUCAUAACAACAUUAUUGAAUCUUGCCAUGAAAAUAAUAAUGAUAAACUAAAAAAUGAUUUAAAACAUUUAAAACCACAAGUUGAAAUACAAAUAUGUAACAAAGAAAAUGAAAUGCAAGAUAUUCAAAAUAAUACAGAAAGCAAUAAAAUGCAUGAUGAAAUAAAAAUUAUGAAUGAGGAAAUUUUAUCAAAUACAAAAGAUAACAUUGAAACAAUUCUGAACUCGCCAAAUAUUAAAAAUGUAGAAAAUCUUGAAACACAACAAAAUAAUAUAAUUCCAGAAACACAAAUAUGCAAUAAUGAAAUAAGAAUAUAUGAAUCAAAUAUACAAAAUCAUUGUAAAAAUCCUAAUAAUGAAAAUACAUUAGAAUCAGAAAAAUUUGUCAAAAUACAACAUACAAAAACAUUAGAAAAAAAUGGAACAAAUAAAUCUUCUAUAAGUUUUAGAAAAGAAGAAUCUUUAUGCAUUGAUGAAGAAGAAAAAAGUAAUGCUGAAACAUUACAAAACAUUAAUGAAAUAAAUGUUAAUAUAACAGAUUUUAAAGAUAAAAUUAUUAGUUCAGAAAUACAAUUAAGUAAUUGUGAAAUAGGAAUACAUGAAUCAAAUAUAAAUAUUCAAUGUUGUGGAAAUUCUAAUAAUGAAAACACAUUACAAUCUGCAGAAGAAUUUGCCAAAGUACAAUAUACAGAAACAUUAGAAAAAAGUGGAACAAAUAAAUCUUCUAUAAGUUUCAGAAAAGAAGAAUCUUUAUGCAUUGAUGAAGAAGAAAAAAGUAAUGCUGAAAACAAUAAAACAUUACAAAACAUUAAUGAAAUAAAUGUUAAUAUAACAAAUUUUAAAGAUAAAAUGAUUAGUUCAGAAAUACAACUAAGUAAUUGUGAAAUAGGAAUACAUGAAUCAAAUAUAAAUAUUCAAUGUUGUGAAAGUUCUAAUAAUGGAAAAACAUUACAAUCUGCAGAAGCACAAGAAAAAAAUAUAACAAAUAAUUCUUCCAUAAGUUUUUUAAAAGCAGAGACUAAUAUUUCAAAUAUUGAUGAAAAAAAAUGUAAUAUUGAAAGUAAAAACAAUAAUGAAAUAAAUGUUAAUAUAAUAAAUUCUGAAAAUUUUGAGGUAAAAGAUACAGAUGAAAAAAUAUUUUCAGAUUUACAAUCUACUGAAGUAAAAAACAACGAAUUUAAGAUUAUUGACGAGCAAGAUAGAAUUCCAUUAAUUGUGACAACUGUGACAAUUUCUGAAAAUGUUAAUGAAAAUAAUGAUAUAACAAAUUCUUCACAGUUUGAAAGUGCUUCUACAACAUCAGAAUAAUUAUUAAUUCUAAACUAACUUUAAUUAUUUGAAUACUUCUUUUAAGUAAUAUUAAAAUUACAUCUUCAAAAUGAAUGUUAUUUACUUUUUUAAAAAAAUUUAUAUUUAAUUUAGAACUAUUUUAUUAUAUGAAUAAUAUUUUGCUCGAAAAUAUAAGAUUAUUGUAAAGAAGAAAUAUUAUAUUUUGUCAAAAAAGAAGUUAAUGAACAACAUUCCCAACCGUACAUAACAGCUUUAAAUGUAAAGUAUAAAAUAUUUUUAUUCAUAUAUUAUUUUUUAUCUCAUUAUUAAGAAUAAUACUUGCAUUGUUUGAUUAUGUAAUGUAUUAAAUAAUUUUCAUAUGUACUCUUAUAAAAUAUAACAGAAUAUUGUUGUAAUAAUUAUUAUAUUAUAAUUAUUAUAUGAUUUUUUUUUAAUUAAAAUAUAAAUUUUCUUUGAUUAAUUUGAUAUAACAUUUGAAAAUUAUUAAAUUUAUAUGUUUAUAUAACUCAUUUUGAAUGAUUUAUAAUAAUUUUUUGAUGAUAAAAAUAAUGAAAGUUGCAGAAUUCUUUGUAUUUUAAUAAAUUAAUUUUGUUUUCAAAUAUUUUAUAAUUGAAGUAC